GGUCAGGGUUAUUUUUAUUUGAAAAGCUCGUGUCCGUUGCAUUGUCUUCCCCUCAAAGCCGCCUCAGUCGGCCUAAACGCGUCGCUCUGCAUGUGUACGCUUGCGCUCACAGCUGCUCACAGGUGUCCCCUUGGGAGCGCGAGGGGUUUGGGGAGUUCAGUUGUCUUGGAUGCAGGCGCACUUCAGUGAGGCAGAGGAGCCAACACCCAGCGAAGAGAAAGGACCUCAGGUAAACGCACGCAACAAUAGAGAAUUAUGUUUAUAAGUUUAGUUAAUUAUAAGUUUGGUGAUGGCGGUGAGGUCAUGGGUUUAUUUGUGAUGGUUUAUUAUUGCCUAAGACCAGGAAAUGACAACUAAACAGCGGCAGUGUUUUUAAAAUAACUUGACUACUUUUUUUCAAGCUCUGUACCUGAGCUUUCAUGUACCUUCCCUAUGAACUGCAGCACGCGUAUCGGUGCAGGAUCUACAUGGCGACUUUGGCAGCUCUGUGUCUGCUGCUGGUGUUUCCACUGAGCAGCUCCCAGAGCACCCUGCAGUCUGGGCAGGAGAUCAAUGUCCAUCAGGUCCCGGCAGCAGCACCACCACCUCCUCCGCCCCCUCGUGUGCGGGACCUGCUCGGUAAAGAGGAAGCAACUCACUUAAACGCACAGCUGGGACACGCCUACAUGGACAAAGAUAAUGCCAAAGUGGGCCUGUUCAUCGCCGCAGCCCUGGGAACCUUCGCGCUGAUGGCCGCCGUCUACUGCAUCUACAACAAGUUCUACACCAAGCAGCAGUACCUGCACACGCAGCUGAACGACGACUCAGAUUUAACCACAGGCGCCUCGGAGCCUCCCCCCGUCUUCUUCAGCGCCUCGGGCGACUCCAGCGCGGUGAACGUGCAGAAAGGCGGCUACGGCUCGCUCUCAGACACCCCGUCCAUCAUCUCCCUCCCCCCCAGCCUGUCGCCCCCGCCCUGCGCCAUGCCCUUCCCUCCCCGCUUCCUCUCCUCCCACUCUCUGAGAACUAUAUCGGCCCAGGACCUGGAGAAGGGCUGCAUCUGACGCUGUGCCAGCAGUUUGACACCUCGCAGAAAUAGAAGAAAGGAAGUAGUUAUUUAAUUAAUUUCUUAUUUAAUGUAAACACUCAAGACAACGGUUUCACAAUGUUUUUAGUGUAAAGACAGUACCAGAUGUGUAGAUUAGUCUAUUUAUGAUGCAGAAGGGAAGUGAUGUAAUUGUAGAAGCCUCUUAUGACCCCGACUGCUCAUAACCGCCACAACCUGUGUAAAAUGUGUCUGUGCGUGGUCGUUUGUGUCUACAUCUACAGCAAACUAGACUGUUAGUCCACCGUUCUCCUAAUCAUCAUAACACCAUCGGUGCUUUUUUUAGUGGUCUUCAGGUAAUAAAGGCUCAGCUGAUCGCA